CUAGUCCUUCUAGAAAAACUUAUAUCUUUUUUGAAUAAUUUUCAUUCUCUCAUGUGACAAUUCAAAAGGUCAAGUCCAAAUUGAUCUCCUUUGCCUACAAAUAAACCCUAACCCUAAUUCUAAACCAAUCGCAUCAGAGAGAGAUUGAGAGAGAUAGAGAAGAGAAGAAGAUGGAGACUUUGAAUGAGGAGGUAGAGGAGUAUAGCUGGAGAGAGGUGCUACUCCCCAGCCUCAUCCCCAAAGUGCCGGAGCCGGAGCUGGAGAGAGAGACCGGCGAGCGCCGCCGUGGCCGUGACAUCAUCAUCGCCGUCGAUCAUGGGCCCAAUAGCAAGCACGCCUUCGAUUGGGCCCUUGUUCAUCUUUGCCGCCUCGCUGAUACCCUUCACCUUGUUCACUCCGUCUCCGAUGUGAAUAAUCAGGUGGUAUAUGACACUAGUCAAGUUUUGAUGGAAAAUCUUGCUGUUGAGGCCUUCCAGGUUGCCUUGGUGAGGACAAAGGCACGUAUAGUGGAGGGUGACGCCGGGAAGGCGAUAUGCAAGGAAGCAGACAGGUUGAAGCCUGCAGCCGUUGUGAUGGGGACACGUGGCAGAAGUCUUAUCCAAAGUGUGUUGCAAGGGAGUGUUAGUGAAUAUUGUUUCCAUAACUGCAAAUCAGCACCAGUGAUCAUUGUGCCAGGAAAAGAUGCUGGUGAUGAGUCCAUCAUUUAAAUUAGUCAUGGGUUUUAUUUUUACUUAUAGAUUGAAUACUGAAUGUAGUGAAUGUAACAUUGAUACACAAUUAGUAUGUGUUUUAAAUAAAUAAUAUAUAUAUAUAUAUAUUGUUUGUAUGUUAAGCUGUUGUAAGCUUUCAAGUGAUAUUUGUGAAUGAAUGAAAUGGUGUGAUUUCACAUUGGUUUUGGAAA